GAAAGCUACGAACGUAGACUUAUGCCCCAAGCCAGAAUCAGUGGACAUCACCAACGGUAAAGUGGACGAAGCUGGACGCGUUAAACAUAGAGGAUUGUGGUACAACUCAUCGCAGUAUUUUCAUGACGGAAAUAUACUCCGAGGAUGCGUAUGUCUUGUCCGUCAAUGCAUAUACGUAUGCGAUGCAGAAGGAUGGGCAAAUGAUGAGUCAAAAAAGCUCUUUGUGAAUGUAUCCGAUGCUAGUGGUGAAAACUGUCGUAGAGUAGACCUGGCUGCAGAUCGUCGGUACUACUUGAUUUUGGGAAAACGUAACUGUACCGAAGAAUGGUCGCUGAUUCCGCAUUAUGAUGUGAACAUAACAUCGGUACCUACGUGGUUUAUAGAAUUAAAAUAAUUCUCUGCAUUAAUUUCAUUUUCGGAACAUUAAAAUUCCAGAAAGGAGAGCUUAAAGUGAAUGGUACAUUUACGCAAAAUUAUCACCGAUUCUGCAUGGUACCUAAUGACAAGACGGGGGAAUUCGACGCAUGUCACAUGCAACCUACCUCAAGCGGUUUGCUGCAAAAAUUAUAUAUUUUAGGCCUCCUAGUGUCUUUACCAUUUCUUGUGGCCACGUUUGCGGUGUACGCCAUUCUACCAGAGCUACAUAACGUACCAGGCAUGUCACUAAUGUGCUACGUGGCAUCACUCUCGGUAUCCUGUCUACUGCUUGCCUUGAAGCGAAUGAAAGUCUACGAACAUCAAUCCGUUAUGUGUCAGGUUACUGGUUAUACAAUAUACUUUACGUUGAUGGCCAGCUUCUUUUGGCUCAAUGUCAUGUCCUUCGACAUCUACUGGACGUUCACUGGAAGUCGCGGAUGGAUGACUGAGCGACAAAAGUUUUUGUACUACUGUCUGUACGCUUGGGGCAUACCCCUGAUGUUCGUAUCUUUAAUUCUCCUUUUCGACCAUACAACGCUUAUAAGCGAUAAGAACCUACGACCCAAUGUUGGUGAGGAAUCAUGUUUUCUCAAGCAGCAAAAGCUGACCAGCUUCCUGUACUUUUACUUUCCCUUAAUGCUUCUUAUCAUUGCGAAUAUGUUCUUUUUCGCUAGUACCGUCAUAUGCCUCCAUAAAACAGAACAGGCAAACGUCAUUAUGAUGAGAGGCAAUUCGAGGCGCCACACGAAAGCUCACCACGAUCGCAAUAGAUUCGGUCUGUACUUGCGAUUGUUUACCAUCAUGGGGUCAACAUGUUCCUUAGAAAUUAUUCACUGGCUGGUGACUGAUUCGCAAUCUUUCUUUCUGCAUUGGGUUAAAGACGUUCUGGAAACUUUGUACUUUCUUUUGAGCAUACUGUUCUUUUUACUUUUCAUCUGGAAGCCAAGAGUAAAGAAACUGUUACUUCAGCGAUUUGGCUGCUCAAAAGGCGAAAUCAUUUCGUAAUCAACCCAAUCGACGCAUCUUAAACCAAUCAAUACCAUAGUGAUGACGAAAAAUCGCAAGGACUCGAAGGACGCGGAUAAACUCGAGGAUAACUUAAAAACGAUUCUAAUAUUGAACCACAAAUUUGUUAAAUCGACUACAAUUCAGCAAUCCCAAUUAAUCCUUGCAAGAAUACUGUUUCGUUCCAGUGCCGCAGAUUUAUGUUGAGUUGGAUAAAGUUCUUCACUCGAUUAUUUUACGGCUUCCAAUUCGAGAAAAUACCGUUGUAAUGUCCAUCUCAUGUAUCUCAUGUUCUUCUAUAGGUUAUUUAGGUUCAUUAAUUUAACGUGCAAUUAUAAAUUCAAAAUUGAACUGUAUUACGUAUGAAUUACAUAUAAUUAGGAACUUCAUAGAAGAGUAAUGUAUUAACGACCAUGAAGUCAUGUAGUUGUCAUGUAGAUAAAGCCGCACCUAUUAUUUACUGCCAAACGUUCUUCUUCUUCUA